GAAAAAAUUGCAAAUAAAACAAAUUUGUUCUCUGUUAAAUUCGGUCACGCCAGUGACCUAGGCCGCAGGCGCCUAGUUCGAUGCAAUGUAAGACCAGGGGCAAAAAAAGCUGGCAAAAUCCGGAUGUAAAUAGUACCAAUGGUCUCCUAGUGCUGCUGUUGAAAAUUUGCAUAAAAAAGUGAGCUGCGAAAGCAGCAAUUAAAAUGCAAAAAAUGUACGCGUUGUUGGCAACCUUGACAUUCUGGAUAAUCACCUUGCGAUCGCCGCUUCAAUCACAACAACUCCACAUACCGCCGCCAGCGCCAUGCGACCGUAGUCGCAAAGUUUUCACCGAACCCUAUGGAGAGAUCAGCGAUGGCCCAUCCGGCUUCAACUAUACCCAGGACUCGCAUUGCGAAUGGCUGAUCAAGGCUAAGAAUGAUAGCCAGUUUAUAACGUUGACAUUCCACAGCAUGGGCACCGAGUGUUCCUACGAUUAUAUUUACGUUUACGAUGGCGACUCCUUCAAUUCCACACUCCUGGGCAGCUUCAGUGGUCGGACACAGCCCCAGCGACUGGUGGCCCGAAGUGGCAGUAUGUUGAUCCUGAUGUAUAGCGAUACCAACUAUGUGCUGGAUGGCUUUCGGGCUUCUUAUUACAUAUCAAAUUGUUUGAACAACUGCCACAAUCAUGGGAAGUGUAUAGGCCAUCAAUGCGUGUGCCAUGGCGAGUGGGUGGGUCCCGACUGCGAGGACGAGGCCUGUCCCCAGAAGUGUGGCGAGAGUCAGGGUCGUGGCAAGUGCCAGAAGAGCAUAUGUCACUGCUCGCCAGGAUACAGUGGUCGCCUAUGUGAUCUCAGCGAUAAUCCUCAUGGCAACAGCUGGCGCUGGCUGGCCACCGACGCCGAAGGCAUGACCCCGCGUGCAGCACAUACAGCUGUCUACAUUGAAGAGGAGGAUGCUCUGUUUGUGUUUGGUGGCUAUGAUCUGAAUAAUGUGAUAAGCACAUUGCAGAUCUACCGCUUUAGCACCAGUCAGUGGGAGGAUGAGUGGGGCAUUGCCUUGCAGAGUCGGCGACACUUUUAUCAUCCUCAGAAGAUCGACCAUACCCUGCUCAAAGCUGUGCUCCAGCACAAGAACGAGGAUGAGGCCAAGCUGUGGGGCCUCAAUAGCGAUGUUAGCUUCUUUCGCAACAUUCUCUACACGCUGGCCGAAUCGAAUCUGCAUCAGCGACGCACACGCUCCUCCCUGCCUCUUACUAUAGUCAAUGCCAAUUCCACCGACGAGGAACUGAACGAAUAUCUAGAGGAUAUCCUCGAAGUGGUCACCGAUCACAAGCCCCACGGGCGCUAUGGCCAUGCAGCAGAUCGUGUGCCGGGUGGUUUCGUCAUCUUUGGUGGGAAACAUGCCAAUGGCAGCUUCUACAGCGAUCUCUGGCAGUACAAUAAUACGGAAAGUGGUGGCAAGUGGAAACAAAUGGCCAUCAGGUCGAAGAUAAAGCCCCCGGCGGUGGCCAGGCACACACUAAACACAGCCCGGGAUCACUUGUAUAUGUUUGGUGGCAGCCUGGAGACGGGAGAAUUCUCCUCCAGCGUCUAUCGCAUUGCCUUGCCCCUGUCGGAGGAUUCCCAGUGGGAGCUGGUCAAGCCGAGAGGUGGCAAAACGUUGGAUGUGCGACUGGCGGCUCACUCGACGGUGUACUACAGGGCCACACAUUCACUGAUUGUAUUCGGUGGCAUCAUGACCAGCCUGGCACGCUUCUCUAAGCUGUCGGAUCGCAUCUUCGCCUUUCAAUUGGAUCAAAUGCACUGGACGGAGAUACUGUACCCACGUACGGCGCUGCGAGACACGAAUAUACCCAGAGAGAGGGCCUUCCACACGGCCACCAUAUCGGGUAACUAUAUGAUCGUUUUCGGGGGCUAUACGCAUCGGCACAACAAGGAUGAGAUCUGCUACGACAAUCAGAUGUACUGGUACCAUUUGAGCUGCCACAUUUGGAUCAAUCAGGUGGUGUCCGCCGAGGACAGUCUCUACCCCAAGGCCCAGGGUGUGUUUGCACAGGCGGCGGCACUGCGUCGCAAUCAUACGCUGCUGAUUGUGGGCGGCUAUCAUGGGAAUGUGAAUGCCGAUCUGUUUGCCUACGAACUGCCGCAGGUGCUCAGAGUGGAGAAUACACUGUACAAUCCGGAGGUAUCCUGCCGACUGCAUCCCUCCCACACGGCCUGCCUGUCGAAUCCAGAGUGUGGCUGGUGCUCUGCAGACAGCAGCUGCUACGGACGCACCAUUGGCGCGAACUGUACGACGAAUCUACAGACAACGAGGUGUCCUGGCAUAUGCCCCUCGCUGGGGGACUGCCACUCGUGUCUGGUGCAUGGCAGCAAGUGGGGCAAGCAGGGCUCAGGCGGCGGCAAGGCCUUCUCGGUCACAAGCAAACUGGGCCUAAACGAGUGCACGUGGUGUGUACAGAAUGCCAAGUGCCAUCAUCGCGACGACAACUAUGGCAUCUGUGGCGAAUCGACUGGCUGGUGGGGCGACCAAGGCACAGAAAUACGCACGCCCACGCUCUGCACCAUCAACGAUCGGAGGCCCGGACUCACGUACAUCAAAUACCAUUAUCCCAUCAAUUUUACAAUGCCCGAUUAUGUGGGUAUUGUGAAUGCCACCAUGGUGGACUUCUCCUCGCCGCCGUUCACCACCCAUUUUGAGCAGAAACUCGAGGGCGAAAUGCUGGCACGCCUCGUCGGAUUUGUGCGGCCCAAACAGCAGUGGAACAACUCGGCCAUACAGGUGUGCAGCAGCUACUCCUCGUCGCUGCUGAGAUUUGGGCUGGGACUGAAUCUCGACGAGCUGGUGAAUGUCACCUCCCAGAGCUCCAAUCAAUCCUACUGCAGCAAUGUGCCGCUACCCACCACAGAGAUGCCAUUCCUCAUAGACUUUCAGGCGCGUCGCCGCAUCGGUUUGAACAGCAUCUACAACACGUAUCAAAAGACCAAAAUGGAACUGCAGCAUCUGCAUGGGGGACAACUGAAUGCCUUUACGUUUGAGUAUCUGGAACCGUACUACUCGGGACACUGCACGAAGUACGAGAACUGCCUGCACUGCCUCACCGAUGCCUCCUGUUCGUGGUGUCCCCUGACGGCCAAAUGCCAUUUGAGGUCCGUCAACGAGUCGGCUGUGUGCACAGAUCCCAAGGAUACCAGCCACUGGUCGUAUCUCAUAAGCAAACCCACCCAAUGCUCCAAUUGCACAAACUUCGUGAGCUGUGAGGCCUGUGCGUCGAGUGGCCUGUGCGAAUGGUGGACAGAGGAUGCACGUUGCGGCAGGAUUGGCAAAUCCAACAGCAGCGUGCGAGCCGUAGAGCAGUGUCCUAGAUCCUGCCGGGAACGCAAGGGCUGUCAGGAGUGUCUGAGCGAGCGUGGACGCUGUGUGUGGUGCGAGGCCAGUGCCCAGUGCUUCAGUUUCGCGGUGUACACCAGCGAAUAUCAGUUUGGCAUGUGUCGCGAGUGGAUGGAUCAGGUGGUGCCACGACAACAGGAGAAAGCAGCAGCAACAACAGAUGAGCAGCAGCAGCAGCAGCCUCUGCCUCCCCUCCAGCAGCAGUGUAAAUCCUGUGAACAGCAUCGCAACUGCUCCGCCUGCCUGCGUACUCUCAGCUGUGGCUGGUGCUUCGAUCGCGACAAUCCCAUAGAGGGCAUCUGCAUGCAGGGCGACUUUAGCUACAGUGCCGGCAACUGUUCGCUGGCUUUGAACAGCUCCUCCCAUCAUGAUGCCGAAUGGGCGUAUGCCCAGUGCCCGGACGUAGACGAAUGCGGACUGGGACUCCACGAUUGCCACAAGGAGGCCAAGUGUACCAACACCCAGGGCAGCUACAACUGCCACUGUCGGAGGGGGUACGUGGGCGAUGGGCGUUUCAGUUGUGUGCGCACCUGCUUUGAGCUCUGCCAGAAUGGUUUCUGCUCGGGACCGCCCGACUACAGCUGUCGCUGUGACUUGGGCUGGACCGGCAGCGAUUGCGGAUUGAGUUGUGGCUGCAACAAUCAUUCAACGUGUGCCGAGAGACUUGGAAAGUGCGACCAAUGCCAGGCCUGGACAGAGGGCGAACGCUGCGAGAGAUGUCGCCAGGGGAGUCAUGGCAAUGCCACCGCCCCGCAGGGAUGUCAUCCGUGCGAGUGCAAUGGCCAUGGCAACCAGGAUCUGGGCAUCUGCAACGUAAGCAACGGCGAGUGCUACUGCAAGGACAACACCCAGGGCCUCAAGUGCGAUUCCUGUGCCCCUGGCUACUAUGGCGACCCACGAGACGGCGGACAGUGCUACUACCAAUGCGAAUCCCGAGGAAUACUCUCUAACAUUGGCCGCAGUGCCAUUGGCUCCUAUCAGGCCUAUCGUUCGCCCUGGGGCGCCAGUCUCGAGGUGAAGGAAUGCUUGUGGAUACUCCAACCCAAGACCCUGCAGGCUGAAAAGUCGCUGCUGCAGCUGGAGUUCCAGUGGCAGAGCCUGGCCAUGGACUGUGACGAGAAUGCUGUGUACAUCUACGACAGUCUGCCGGAUCUCACGGGAGCCACACAACAGAAUCAACUGCUGGCCGUGGUCUGUGCCCCCUACAGUUCGGCGCGCAUCAUUGAGGCCCGGUCGAGCCAUGUCACGGUACACUACAAACAGGCUGGUGACCAUCGCCACUUCGGCUUCAAUGCUUUGUACUCCGUCAAGAACUGCGUGGCUGGGAGCUGCCUGCCGCCGCACAUAUGCGACUCACAGAUGCGGUGUGUUUGCCCCGCGGGAUAUGUGGGCGCUCGCUGCGAGAUCGAGGUGUGUCCGAGCAAUUGCAAUGCCAAGCGCGGACAGGGCUACUGCGACACGGAAUACGGACGCUGCAUUUGCAGCAAUGUCAAUUACGCUGGGGCCGAUUGUUCCACGCUAGUACAGCCGCAUCAUCUGGUGCUGACGGAGCUGUUCAACACGCAGCUGUUGAGCGAGAGCCAAGAGCAUCUAAGGAAGACCAUACCACGUUUUGGGCACUCGGUUAGCGCAGAUCGGAGGGGAUCCCUGUGGAUGUUCGGCGGUUACUCGCCGAAUCAUGGACCCCUCAAUGAUUUCCGACAGUUUGACAUCAAGAACGGCACUUGGCUGCAGGUCACCGUGGAGUCGUCGACCCCCGAGGAUAGCAUGCCCCUCGGCAGGUACUUUCAUGCCUCUGAGAUCUAUGUGAAGCGUCAGAUCAUCUAUAUCUAUGGCGGUAUCGGCGUGAAUACGCGACUGCUGGAUGACUUUUGGAUGUUUUCGAUACAGAAUCAACGCUGGAGUCAAAUCAAAGUGGAGGUGGACUCAAAGGAUGUGGAAACGCCAGAGCCGCCGCCUCGUCUGGCCGGGCAUACCCUCACUCAUGUACGCUACCAAGAGCAUGAAUCACUGCUGCUCGUGGGCGGCCUCACCCUGAACAAGUCGCGGCCUCUAGAGCUCUGGGAAUACAGUUUGGACACAGGACGCUGGCAGAAGCUGGAGGCAAUGGGCGCACGAAUGCCCGUGCUGUACGGCCACAGUGCCGUUUACCAUGCAGAGACCCAGAGUCUGUAUCUGUUCGGAGGCUAUGCCUCGCAGCCGCAGAGCAAUCUGUAUGCGUUGGAUCUGCAAAAGCUCAGCUGGACAGAGCUGCCCAGCUUCAAGGAACUGAAUGCACCCGCCACGAACCUGCCCAGAGCUCGCUAUUUCCAUUCGGCAGUGAGCACCGAACACUACAUGAUCGUCUAUGGGGGCAGGACCAUCCCCUACAAUGCCACAGAUGUCCUGAUAGCCUAUGUCUACUCGUGCAACCAGUGGGUGCGACUCACCGAAGAUGUGGAGCUGAUUGGUCGCGUGCCAGCCUCCAAUUAUGCCGAGGACAUGGCCAUUGAUCCCGAUACCGGAGUGAUAUUCGUGAUUGGCGGCUGGGAUGGCAGUGCCACGCACAGCCAUGUCACGAGGAUCGCUUUGCCCGAGGACAUUUGCCAGCUGUGGAGCAGCGGGAAGUAUUUGUGCCGGCACUACAUGGGCUGCAGCUAUUGCACCGUUCAGAAUACGUACAGCUUCAGUAGCCACUGCUUCAGCCAGGGUCGAACGCCCUGCGCCAAUCACAAUGGCACGCUGGUGGUCAACAAUGGUGCCGCCUGCACGGAUGCCUGGAUGGCCAGCAGGAACUGCUCGAGCUUCGGCAGCUGCAGCGCUUGUCUGGCCGCCUGGCCCACCCAUCACGAGGUGACGCCCGUCUGUCAGUGGUGCGAUCAAUGUGGCAUCCAAGGGCGAUGCGUGCCCGCUGGCGUUGAUUGCUGGCGCAGUGCCUGGUGUGGAAAUGACCAGAGUGUGGCUGUCCUAGGACUGUGUCCUCUGCCCCAGUGCUAUUGGCUCAACUGCGAGUCCUGCCUGCUGCAGCCGCAGUGCCAGUGGGCCCGGAACGAGCUCGGCAGCGUCGAGUGCAUAUCCAAGGAGCUGGUGGAGAAGAACCAAUACCGCGUAAUCGAUCGCUGUGCCCCGCCCUGUCACAGUCAUGAGAACUGCAGCAGCUGUCUGACCAACACGGACCAGGAUCAAAAGGACUGUAAAUGGUCCACGAUGCUGGGCCAGUGCCUGUCUCCCAGCUCGCAGCCGCUGCUCUGCGCUGGCGGUGUCUGCGGACUGGUACUGGAGUCUGCCGAGCUGGAUCGCUGCCCGGAGCCGUGUCAUGUGUACCAGCAGUGCUCCAGCUGUCUGGAGCAUGCCCACUGCGGCUGGUGUGCCCGCGAGGGUCUCAACGGAGACGGCAUCUGCACUGAGGGUGCGCUGGAGAGCAAGCAGGAGCAUCCGUCGGGCUCCACCUGCGAUCUAAUCUACUCGACAUGGCGCAACGACUCCCACCUGACGCAUGCGGAUGUCGUAUCCUGGCACUACAUCCACUGUCCAGCCGAGAACGAGUGCACCAACGGACACCACAACUGCCAUGCCAUCUCGGAGCAGUGCAUCGAUCUGGACACCCCGCUGGGCUACAAGUGCGUCUGCGCGCAGGGAUAUCGCGAGGAGCAGGGCACCUGCCUGCCCGUCUGCAGCCAAGGAUGUGUCCGCGGCAAGUGCGUCAGUCCGGACGAGUGCCAGUGCGACUUCGGUUAUGUGGGGGCCAACUGCAGCAUCCAGUGCCUGUGCAACGGCCACUCCAACUGCGAGUCGAGCAGCCUUCUGGACAUCUGCCUCAAGUGCCACAACAACACGAUGGGGGAGCAGUGUGAGAAAUGCCAGCCAUUGUUUGUGGGCAAUCCUCGCGAGGGCCAUUCCUGCCAGCCCUGCCUGGAGUACUGCCACGGCCACAGCGAUGUCUGUGUGGCCUAUGACUCGGAUCCGACUGUCUUCAACAUGUCACGCUCUGAUUUGGAUCGCAUACUGCUCGAGGGUCCUGCCCACAAUGCCACCUGUCUGCGGUGCGGCAAUCACACGGCCGGCGAUCGCUGCGACAGCUGCCUCACGGGCUACUUUCGGGGCAGCGAGGAUCUGCACAAGGAGUGCCGCCCCUGCCAGUGCCAUGGCCAUGGCAGCAUCUGUGACCCCGUGACUGGGGAGAAAUGCAAUUGUGCGAAUAACACGGAAAGCGAUGCCACCUGCACAGCGGGUGGGGGUAAGAACUCAGCGCAGCUCUGCUGGAGUGUGCAGUGCUCCAAGUGUCGGGACUCUUACGCGGGCAAUCCCAUCGAUGGACAUCAGUGCUACAAACAGAUCACGGUGGAGUCGCGCAUGUGCUUCGACGCCAAACCGAUAGAGGAAUGCAAGUCAAAGCCCGCCGCCUUGAAGCCCGGCCAGACGGUGUUCUUUGUGAUCCAGCCACGCUUCAUGAACGUGGACAUACGGAUAAUCAUCGAUGUGACCCAGGGUGAGUUGGAUGUGUUCAUGUCCCCGCAGGACGACUCCUUUAUUGUGGAGACCAACGAGACGACUGGCUACCAUGAGAUAUUCUUGGACAAUCGCUACAAUUGGGGGCCCAAGCAGCAGCGCGAUCGGCCCUUGAAUGUGGCUCUGCCCAGGCAUGAUAAUGUGACCAUUCAAAAGCUAUUUACGCCCGAGCGACGUAUCUAUGCGGAUAAGGAUGGCCUCGGCGGCGGAAUGAGCAUGAACAGCUACUAUGUGCCACAGCUGCACGACUGCAAGAGCCACGGGGGUCACAACUUUAUAGUGAAGGAUCAGCAUGCCAAAGACCUAAGCACACAUGUCACCCUCAACCAUUGCAACACGCUGCUGCGGCUGUUUGGGCUGAGAAAUCGACUGGUUCUCACCUUGCCCCAGCACGCACACAACCUGAGUGCCACGCGAUUCUUCAUUGCUCUGCGUGCGAACGCCGGACCAGAGCCUAGCUAUGGAUCUGUGGUCUUUCGCCAGGAUCAGCUGCACAUUGAUCUGUUUGUGUUCUUCUCGGUGUUCUUCUCCUGCUUUUUCCUCUUCCUGGCUGUCUGUGUGAUUGUCUGGAAGGUGAAGCAGACGGCGGACCUGAGACGGGCCAGACGACAGCAUGUUGUGGAAAUGCUGCACCUGGCCAAGCGCCCCUUUGCGCAGAUCUUCUUGGCAUCCAACAGUUUGGACACGGAGAGUCCGCGCGCGUCCACCUCCACACGGGCCAUGCGCCAGCGAGCCCGUCAAGCCUUGCUGCUCCAGGAGCAAGCGUCCACGGGAGACCCUAUACCGCCAAGGUACACGCGCCACCGCCAUGCCAGGGACAUCAUGAUGGUGGCCAUCGAGCCCACGUCCGAUAAUCAGGCUGCUGUGGGUACGGUCUUUGUUAGCCUGCCAGGACGCUCCAGAGCUCCGCUGAGCAUCGCUCUCGGCUCCACACUGAUCACCUAUUCGCGGCAAUAUAUGCGUGCCCAGAGGGCCCACCAUGUGGCGCACCAUCCGGCAUAAGCUGCUGCACAAUAAGGAAUCUCUUCUGUUGGCAUGAAGCCUUGGACCUAGUGAAAUAUUUGCGUGUGUGUGCGUAUGCAAAACGACAUGUACUAUGCAUAUAUAUAUUGAUAUAGCUUAGGAAAAUACUUGUACAUAACGUUUAGAUAACGAAAAUAAUGACUAAUCCUAUGUACAUACUAGUAUGUAUGUACGAUAUAGAGCAGCGAUGGGCAACGGUCCUUGAUACAAAUGCUAGCACGUGGCGCGGCACAUUGUGACUCGGACUCGAUACGCACAAGCGAUUUCCGCUAAAGAGAAUCGCCGAGAAUUGCGAAAAUCCCAUUCAUGUCAUGUGCAGGAUACUGCAGAGGCGCACAAACGAAUGCUGCACAAGAGAAUUCCUAAGAAUUGCAAAAACAACUUGCAGGACACGGAACAAUAAUGCUCUGUUGGGCUACUCCUAAAUUCAGCGUGCUUCUCCGAGCACACAAGUCGACGUAGAACUCCAUAGAGUCGACCCCGAGGCAGACCAGGGACACAGAACGGAGCACAGGGCCAGGGGCAACGGUUGCCUCUGGUCGCAACCAAUGGAUUGGUGCCAGAUGGACAUCGUUAAACCACUUCCGACACGUCAUACGAGGGAGGCCGGCCCACCCGCUGAUAUAGAAGAUGCAAAAAGCUGCUCACAAGUUGUGAGAAAUGCAUACAUAAAUUUCAUAUAAACUAUAAAAUAUAUACUAUAUCUAUAUUGAUUGAUAAACAUACAGGAAAAUGGAUAAACAUUAGAUAUAAGAGCAUAUAAGAAUACUCCACAAAAUUGGGUCUCUACAUUGUAUCAAAAAAACCAAACUGGUAAAUUGGUAAAAAAAAAAAAAAUUCACAGAACAAAAAAUAAUUAUUUCGACUGAUUUUUAAAGGACUGUAUUCAUUUGGUAUGGUUUGAAUUAUAUAUAAUCUCUAUAUAAACCCAAUUGGCUGAGAAUUAGCUCAUAUGUGUAUAUGUGUAAUCGGUACUAUUUGUGAAUUUAAACCAGUGUUAAGAAUAAGAACAAACGUAUAAACAGAAACGGAAACCAAGUGAACAACUCGCCAGCAAUAGGAAUUUGAUAUUGUACCUAUAUGAUAUAUAUGUAUAUGUAUGAGCAUGUCAAUUUGAUAGCAAGAAAGCCAUACGAAAAACGAAACAAAGAAAUCAUGAAAUACGUAUUAUAUAUAUAUAUGUGUACUAAUUGUAAACUGAAUGUGUCAUAGCAUUAGACGAACU